AUGGAUGCCCCAGAGGAGUUCGACAUCAAACUCCAAAAGAUCUCGGCCGACCUCAUUGCCGACUUUGACCGCUUCCUUCCAACCUUUCUACGCAAGGCCGACGGCAAUGGCGGAUCACGAGUCUAUUCUCGCGUCCGCUCCCGCGACCUAGACUGGGCUACCGGGACUUGUCUUGACCCCUUCCAGGAGCUACCGCAGCUACUGGAUGCCCACCUAACCAGAUGGAUCCCCUUCCUGUCAAACGCAUUCCUAGACCACACACUCGCCCGGCACCGAGACAGGCGACAGCAGCGACAGCAGCAAUACGGUGUCCAGGGUGAUGGGCAGGCAUCGUCAAUCAGCUCCAAGCACCUCGUGUCCGUCGAGCAUGCCAUCUGCAAGAUGCUCUACACCUUUUGCAAGAUCCGCGGCGAGAAGGUCAUUGUGCACUUCCUCAACGUGGAAGCCAAGUACCUCGAGGUCCUGCUGAGGGCCAUUGAGGAGGCAGAGGAGGGGAGCAUAGGCACCGGUUCGGUGUCGCCUUGGUCGUGGGAGCAGCGCUACGUCGUUCUCCUGUGGCUGUCGCACCUCAUGCUGGCCCCCUUCGACCUGUCCACCAUCUCAUCCGUGGACCUCGACCAGGCUGCUGCCCCUGCCGUGCCCGGGCUGAAGCUCCAGGACAACCUUCCCAGCAUAACGCUGAGGGCUGUCCCGCUCGCCAUCAAGUACAUUGCGUCGCCCGGGAAGGAGCGCGAUGGCGCCAAGGCGCUCCUCGUUCGCAUCGCCAUGCGGCGCGACAUGCAGCAGGCCGGCGUGCUAUCCAGCCUCAUACAGUGGUCACUCGCAGCGCUGCGUCCCAAGCCAAACGCCGCUCCGGAGGACGCGUACCACUACCUCGGUGUUCUGUCGUUCCUGGCUGGUAUCCUUCGCUCGUCGUCAGACACGUCCGACGCGAACGAAUUUCUGCGGCCCAUAUUCGACACAGUGCACGGCAUUGCCGUCAGAGGCCAGGAAGGCGAAGACGAGGCGGUCAGGUCGAUCAUGUCGUUUGCCCUCACGCGCAAGAUGAUCCUCAAGGUGAUUCGCUUCGUCACUGUGUCGCUCCUCAGGGACGACGAUGGCACCGACAUAACCGAGACGGCAAUCGGCUAUCUCCUCGAGAGCUUGUCGGACACGGACACGCCCGUGCGCCUCGCGGCGAGCAAGUCGCUCAGCAUCAUCACUCUCAAGCUCGACCCGGAGAUGGCGUCUCAGGUCGUCGAGGCGGUGCUGGAGUCGCUGAACCGUAACGUCAUCUGGAAGAAGACCUCGGCCGACUCCAAGCCGAUACGCGACCUCGCAACCGUCGACCCGACCGAGUGGCACGGCCUGAUCCUCACCCUGUCUCACCUCCUAUACCGCCGCUCUCCCCCGGCCGACCAGCUGUCCGACAUCAUCCACGCCCUUCUCCUCGGCCUGUCAUUCGAGAAACGCGGCGUCACGGGCGCCAGCGUAGGGUCCAACGUGCGCGAUGCCGCUUGCUUCGGCAUCUGGGCCCUUGCCCGCCGCUACACGACCGCUGAGCUGCUCGCCGUGCCCACGCACUCGGUGUACGCGGCCAAGGCACACCCCGCCGCGAGCUCCAUCCUCCAAGUCCUUGCGACCGAGCUGACCACGACGGCGUCGCUCGACUCGGCGGGCAACAUCCGCCGCGGUGCCUCAGCCGCGCUUCAGGAGCUUAUCGGCCGCCACCCAGACACGGUCGACAAGGGUAUCUGGGUCGUCCAGACUGUAGACUACCACGCUGUCGCGCGGAGGUCCCGCGCCAUGGAGGAGGUGGCACUCGGCUCUGCCAAGCUGUCGAGUCAGUAUGGGGAAGCCAUGAUCGACGGCGUCCUCGGAUGGAGGGGCAUCGGGGACGCAGAUGCAGCCUCAAGACGAGACGCCGCAACCGCUUUCGGCCGUCUGACGGCUCAGCUGGCGGCUUCGGACGUUCAGGGGGUGCUGCCUAGGUUCCGGUCGUCUGUCCAUCUGGUGGCCGGGGAGAUCGACGGUCUUCAGAAGCGCCAGGUUGAAGAACGGCACGGACUUCUGCUGUGCUUCGCCGCCAUUCUGGACCAAUACCCGUCCCUGACGCAGCAGUCAGGGGCCGCUGGAGGGAGUAGGGAGAUGACGAGAGGCAUCAUCGGCACGGCGACUGCUAUUCUCAGAGACUGCAAGACGACGACAUAUCGACGUCCAGAGCUGGUAGUCGAAGCGGCGAGCAGGCUUGUUGCAUCCAUGCUUCCUAUCCUCCAGCAAGAAGUUGUCGGGCACAGCUCUACAGACCCGCUACAGACGCUGGCGCACCUUCUGCCGUCGACGUCGGGAAGGACCCAAGGAUACCUGCCCCUGGUCUCCGUCCUCGAUGCCGGGCAGAGGAAGCCCGAGAUUGACGAGUUCCUGUCUGCCCUGCACGAGGUCAUACCCCGAUGGCUCUCCCGCAGCGAGGCCGACGCCAUCGAGGCAGCAUCCGCCGCCGCCCUGAUCUUAGUCCUCUUCUCCGCGGAACCGGAGCGGUCGUCAAUCCUGGCAGGAUGGGCCGCGACGGUCGAGACCAAGCCCACGAGCCGCAAGGGCACAGCAGGCGACGGCUAUGUCUACACAUUGGCUAUGGCGCAGCCGCUGGUAGGUACCGGCGGCGUCGGUGAGGAUGACGUCGCGUGUCGCGCGCUCAACCGCCGGUGGGCCGUCGACGAUGAGGUGGACACGCGCGUGGCCAUCCUGCAGGCCCUCACGCGCAGCCGCCUGCUACGGGACAAGCCGCUGGUCUUCCUCGGCGUGCUCUCGGACGGACUAAACGACUACACGACUACGGCGAGAGGCGACGUGGGCUCCCACGUCAGGGUGCAAGCUCUGAAGGCGGUAGCGACGCUAUGGGGCGACGACAUGCGCAGCAAGGGAGAGUGGGUGGGCGAAUCAGUCAGGGCGCUAUUCUACAGUACGCUGCGGCUGUCGGCGGAGAAACUGGAUAGGAUACGGCCAGAGGCACAGAUUGCCGUGUCGCUCGUCCUCGACAAGGAACACACGACCGCAUUCAGAUCGACGAGCUUCUCUUCCAAGGCCUACUUCCGGGCCCUUCUGGAUCUGGUGCACUCGGGCGACGGGGGAGAGCUGGAGAGCUCGGUGGCGGAGCUUGCGUCGACAGACACGGAUGGGUGGAUGGCCAGCCUGCUCAGCGGGCUGGUGACGUCGGCGGACACGGGUAACGAGGACCUGGUGGUAGCGAGCAGGGCAGCCCUGGCGGACUUCUGCGACGACGGCGAGACCAAGGCCAACCUGGAACUGGUGUGCAGAGCCCUUCUGGGCAAUGUCAAGACACGCCAGGGCCAGGACAGGGUGGUCGUGCCCACGCUCGAGGUGAUCGCCUUUCUGUUCCACGCGGGCCUGUUCCAGCAAUGCGACGGCGAGGCCGUCAGCCUGCGCAGCCUGUGUCUCCAGACGCAAAAGGCGGGGUACAAGACGGGCAACAUGCGCAAGAUCGACGCGUGCAUCAAGGUGUACGGGGGGAUCGCUGCCGCGGCUGCGGCGACUGAGGCGACCGACAAGCUAGACCCGACGGCGGCCGGCAUCCGAGAGGCCCGCAAGAGGUUGGGAGCUCUACUGUCCCACCCCUGGCCCAAGGUUCGGGUGUCGGUUGUAGACCAGCUCUGGGCUCUGGAGUCGGCCGCGGCGGGCGAUGACAGGAGCCAAGUCCUGAUGGGCGUGGACUGGGCCAUGGCUGACAAGAGCCAGAUACGGAGCGCUGUGCAGCAGUUGCAGCUCGAAUAG